AUGAAAAAGUUGGUAGCAUCGUUGAGGCGGCAGAAGCCCAAGCAAGAGAAGAUCGCCGAGAAGACAUGCGCGAACUUCGAGCCCAGUGUGAAUCUUGCUAGUUCAAUCUUAAAGCCGCAGGAUCCUGAUAUCCCAGCAUGGUGCAUGGAGGAUGAUGUAGCUUCCUCUAGGCAUGCCAAUACAAGCGAUCAUGUCUCGUGCGCAAUAUGCCACCAGGCGUGGUUUGACAGGCAGCCUUCAUGCCCUGUCUGCAGAACAAAUUUUCCCAGGACGCAAGAUACGAACGUCCACUCUAGUGUUUGGCUGGGUUCGAUGGCGGUGGUGAAGAAUGAUGAGCAAGUGACGGCAGUCCACAAGUUCGAGCAACUGAUGGAUCCGAACAACAUCGCGAGGGCCAUUGUUCCUCGCCCGAUCAAUAACUUCAUGGAUCGUCUCCCCACAGAAGAAAGGUUCGCAGCGGAAGGGCUCACAACGCUGCUGGAUCCAGCCAAGUUACUCGUACACGAGGUGGUUCCCUGA